AUGGCAAAAAACGGGUUCAACCCUGAAAAACCCAAGCAUGUCUCGACCACCUUGAAUUUCCGCCUUGACCCUGCUUUCGGUGGCCACACAGCUUAUAAAGCAGCCACAGCGGGCUACUUUCGUCUGAAGUUUGAUGUUCAAGAAGUCACGAUCCAUGACGGCAGAGGCCGAGAAGGGGAUUUCAGUCUCAGCACACACGGAUUUCAAUACCACAAACACUCACCCGCAAAAGUCGACUACCAAGAUGCCGACCAGAUCAAACAAGUCGUGUACCCGGAGACGAUUGAGCUGAUGAAGAAGGUCACCGGAGCAACUGAAGUUCACAUCUACUCGCACCUUGUCCGGCAUGACUCUCGAGAGAAGACUGACGCUCUGAUCAAAGCGCAAGAGAACCUUGCCAAUGAUGACCCAGCACCACAAGUGGGACCAGCGCGCUUUGUUCAUAUCGACGUGUCCGACGUCGGCGCCGAACAGAUGUUAUACCAGAACCUGCCCCCUGAUAUUGCGAAGAAGUUAUCUUCAACCCGGUGGGCGAUCAUCAACCUUUGGCGUCCAAUCAAAACUGUUACCAAGGAUCCUCUUUGCCUGUGUGACAUUCGUACUUGCCGGGAUGAAGAUCUGAUUACCAUGCCCGUGUUGCUCCCGCCCAAAGGCUCCGGCAAGCUCGCAAACGUCUCUCGAGGAGACGACGUGGAGAUUAUGGUCAUGAAACACCAUCCUGAACAAGAAUGGCAUAACAUAAGUCGAAUGGAGCCGGACGAAACUUUGCUGAUUAAAUGUUGGGAUUCUUUGCGCGACGGGCACACUGCGAGAAGGACACCGCAUACGUCGUUCAUCAACCCUGCUACUCAGGAUGACCCCGUCAGAGAGAGUGUAGAGGUUAGGUGUCUGGUAUUUUAUGAAGACCAGCCCUUGUGA